GAGACGGGGAAGAGAGGCCUUCUGCUGAAGCACCUGUCCUUGCUACAGGGAGUACUGACUCAGGGAGCCAGAAGGCUCUCCAGAUUGGGGCAAACCAGAGAUCAGGAAGGGCUGUUUGAAAUGCAGGACGGGCACUUAAAGCCAGUUACAGCCUCCCACAAGGAGAGCCUCCUUAUGGAAAUGAGCUGGGAACCCAGUGGGCUGGGCACAGAAGAUAGUCUGUGCUCAGGGGUUUCACAAAAGCGAGACUCUGCAGAUGCUCUCCGUGAAUGUGAUUCACAGGAACCAAGUAAAGACACCUUGGUUCAUGCAGGGAAGACCCUCUACAAAUGCAAAGAAUGCGGGAAACUGUUUAACAAGAAUUGCCGCCUCGUUCGGCAUCAGCGGAUUCACACUGGAGUGAAGCCUUAUGGUUGCCAGGAGUGUGGGAAAGCCUUUCGUGAAAAGGUGGACUUUGUCCGGCACGUGAGGAUUCACACUGGGGAGAAGCCCUACAAGUGUGCAGAGUGUGGGAAGGCCUUCAGCCGGAGGUCACACCUCAUGUACCACCAGCGGAUUCACACUGGCCAGAAGCCCUACAAGUGCAGUGAAUGUGGAAAGACCUUCAACUACCACUCCGUUUUCGUCCAGCAUAUUAUGACCCACACAGGAGAAAAACCCUUUGGUUGUGAAGAAUGUGGGAAAGCCUUUCACUACAACUCUUCCUUAACUCGACACAUGAAGACUCACACUGGGGAGAAGCCCUACAAGUGCAGAGAAUGUGGAAAGACCUUCACCUACUACUCUGUUUUUUUCCGACAUGGCCAGACCCAUGCCACACAAAAGCCCUAUAAGUGUAAAGAUUGUGGUAAAAGUUUUUACUAUGGCUAUUCCCUCACUCGACACAAACGGAGUCACACUGGAGAGAAGCCCUAUGAGUGCAGGGAUUGUGGAAAGGCCUUUGCCCACCGCUCUGUGUUUGUCCGGCAUACUAAGGCCCAUGCAGAGAAAAAACCUUUGAGUGCAAGUAAUGUGGAAGAGCCUCUUGUGAAAGCUUUUCUUUCCCUUGACAUUUGA